AUGGCGCUUCGCCGCAGGCCUGCUAAUCAACCGGCACAACAGAAUCAGGGAUUUCUGGAUGCCAUGUAUGCUGCCUUUCAAGGCAUGGCAACAAGAGCUCAAAAUGAGCGGCCAGUUGAGGAUAGGAAGGAAGGUUAUUUCUGGGAAUUUAGGCGUGCGCCUAUCCCCUCGUUUAAUAGUGAGGGAGGACCCCAGGAAGCAGAGUUCUGGUUAGACUCCAUGGUCAAGCAUUUGAGUACUAUGGGAGUUCUAGAUGAAUACUGGGUGGAAUUUGUAGUGUACAAGAUGGAGGGCUUAGCGAAUACUUGGUGGAAACAGGUCAAGAGAAGAAUGGAUGUUACAGGAUUGACCUGGGAACAGUUUGAGACACUGUUUAAUGAGCAAUACUUCCCUCAGAGUUAUAGGGAGGAAAAAACGAUGGAAUUCAUGUCUCUGCUGCAAGGUGACAUGUCUGUAAGGGAAUAUGAGGCCAAGUUUAAUGACCUAUCCCGGUUUGCGCCAUCACUAGUGGAGUCUGAACCCAUGAGGUUUCUUAAGUUUGAGAAGGGUCUCAAGAAUUCUGUGAGGAGGUCAUUGGUGGCCUUAAGGAUUCGGAACUUCCGGGAUUUGGUAGCUGCUGCUACACGGGUGGAACAAGAUAACUUGGCCUAUCACCAAAGCAAAGAGGCAACUGGUCGAGUCUUUGUCUCUGGUAGACCUUCCGUUUCGGGUGGACCACAGCGGAGUGGUAGGAGAAACCGCAACUAG